AUGCCUUCUUGGAGCACACCCUUGAGUGUCUUAGAACGCAUGGACCUGAAAUCCGCGCUCGUUACGCUACUCGGUGUUUCCAUCGUAAUGCACCUUCUCAACCUCUUCAAUAUGCUACGUGCGAAGGCAUACUUUCCUCGAAUGUUUCCUCCCUUCCAGCCGUUCGGUCUUCCGGGUGUCCUGCUCCCCACCAACUCCUGGUUCAUCGGGUACCAGUGGCACUGGGUCCGGCGUUUCCAAACAUACACUCGCAAUGACACCGUCGAGAUCGUUCCGCUGAUCUUGGGCGGCUCCAACUUGUGGACCUCCAAUGUCGAUGUGGCGCGCCAGGUCGCUGUUGGCUCGCAUCGGAGUAGCUGGUUCAAGCCGAGGGAGGGCAGUCUCGCGCUCUCGUAUUGGGGAUCGAAUAUCAUUGCCGCAGACGGUCAGUUGUGGCGCAAGCAUCGCAGAAUUGUAGGGCCUGCUUUCAGCACCGAUCUGUACAAGCUUGUGUGGAAACAGAGCCAGGACAACUACAAUGACAUGAUGCAAGCUGAAGGCUGGACUGGCCUUGAGAGCGUGGACAUACCCGUCAUUCAAAACAUCACGAUCAAGUUUGCCUUACUCAUUAUCUGCAACUGUGGAUUUGGUCUCCCAUCGACAUGGGCGGCACCUACUACAGAUGAUGGUGGAAUGUCGAUGCAAACAGCCUUGCAAAUCGUCUCUGUCCACCAUUUGUCGAUGAUUUUCCUCCCCAAGUGGUUCUUCUACUUCCCCACCAAAACAUUCAAGCAAAUCCGCACAGCGCGCAACCUUCUUGUGAAUUUUAUGCAAACACAGGCGGCAGAGCGCAAAGUAGACGUUACUUCAGGGAAGCCUCUGCAGUCCGACCUGUUUACGAAGCUUGUCGCGGCUAAUCAGGAGGAGGAAGGGAAAUAUACGCUCAGUGACGACGAACUUAUCGGCAAUAUUUUCGCGUUCAUGUUUGCUGGGCAUGAAACCACGGCCCACACACUCGCAGCCGCCCUCGGCCUUAUCGCGCUGCAUCAAAGUACCCAAGACGAAGUCGUGCAGCAGAUUAUAGACGUGAUUGGCUGUGACCGGGACCCGGAGUAUGAGGACUACAACAAGCUCGACAAAGUUUUGGCAAUCUUCUACGAGGCGGUUCGCCUGUACCCAGCAGGCCAUAUCAUGAUGCGCGAAGCUGCCGAGGACACGAUUUUGCAAGUGCCUAACCCGAUCGGCCAAGGCGGAUUCACGGCUGUGCCUAUCAAGAAAGGAACUAAACUCAAUGUCGACAUGAUUGGAAUGCAAUAUAACCCUCGCCACUUCGAAGACCCUGCAGAGUUCCGUCCUUCGAGGUGGUACGGUCUGCCGACUGACUCGGAGGCGUUUACCGCGUUCAGCGUGGGGACGCGAGCGUGCAUUGGUCGUCGAUUUGCUACAAUCGAGGCAACAUGCUUUCUCGCUAUGCUCCUACGCGACUGGCGGGUCAAACCGUUACUGAGUGAAGGAGAGACUACAUCAGAGUGGAGAAAGAGAGUGCUGGACGGACACAUCGCGUUGACGCUUGCCGCUCACGAUAUUCCGCUGACUUUGGAGAGGAGACGCUGA